UCAGAGCAUGACUUCUUCCAUGGCCUUUCAGGGACCUUCUUCCUCUUCCUUAUACUUUUCUUCUUCUUCUAUUCCACCAUGGAGUCAUGAUGUGUUCUUGAGUUUUAGAGGUGAAGAUGUUCGUCAAAACUUUAUUUCCCAUCUAUACCAAGCUUUGUAUCAAAGGGGAAUCAAUACUUACAUAGACAACAAUCUUGAAAGAGGAGAGGAAAUUUGGCCAGAACUUUCCAAAGCUAUCGAAAGGUCAAUGAUUUCAAUCAUUGUAUUCUCUAAAAAUUAUGCAGAAUCUAGAUGGUGUUUAAACGAGCUAUUGAAGAUUCUUGACUGCAAGGAAAAGAUGAAGCAAUUUGUUCUCCCAAUAUUUUAUAACGUACAUCCAUCAGAAGUACGACAUCAAAAAGAAGAUUUUGGAAAAGCAUUCACCAAACUUUCAGAGAGAAUCAAGGAUAACGUAAAGGUGCUGGAGUGGAAGGCAGCUUUGAAAAAGGUAGCCGAUUUGUCUGGGUUCCCAUUAGCGAGCUUCCGGAAUGAAUCGGAACUUAUCCGUACAAUAAUUCAAUGGGUGGACUUAAGAAUGGUAAACCAUACAUCUUUACACGUAGCCAAGUAUCCAGUUGGAAUAGAGUCUCGUGUUCAAGAUGUUUAUCAGCAUUUAAGUAUUGGAAGGAAUGAUAUUACAUGCAUUGUAGGGAUAGUUGGAGCUGGUGGAAUUGGUAAGACAACUAUUUCAAAAAAGAUCUAUAACAUGAUUUCUUCUCAAUUUGAAGGGAGUUGUUUCUUGAAAGACGUUAGAGAAACUUCAAAGCAAAGGAGUGGUCUAAUUCAGUUGCAAAACAGACUUCUUUAUGAAAUCUUAAGAGAAAGUUUGGAUGUACGUGAUGUUGAUAUAGGAGUCAAUGUGAUUCGGCAUAGACUUUGCUCUAAAAGGGUUCUCCUCAUUCUUGAUGAUGUGGAUGAGUUCGUUCAACUAGAAAAUUUGGCUAGUGAUCAUAAUUGGUUUGGUUUAGGAAGUAGGAUCAUCAUAACAACAAGAGAUCGACAUUUACUACAUAACCCUAAAGCUGAUUCAGUAUAUGAGGUGAAGAAAUUAGACUACAAUGAAGCUCUUCGACUCUUUAGUUGGCAUGCUUUUGAAAAAGAAGAACCAAUUGAAAAUUAUGUGAAACUCUCUAAACAAGUGUUGCAAUAUGCUCAAGGCCUUCCACUAGUUUUAACAAUUUUAGGUUCGGAUCUAAAAGGUCGAAGUUUAAAUCAAUGGAAAAGUGCAUUGGGUAAGUAUAGGAAAACUCCCAACGGAAAUAUUCAGAAAGUACUUCAAAUAAGCUAUAAUGGGCUGGAUGAUAAUGAGAAGGAUAUGUUUCUUGAUAUUGCAUUUUUCUUCAAAGGAGAACUCUUGGCUAAUGUCAUAAAAAUAUUUGACAAUUGUGGUUUUUCACCAGAUGAUGGUAUCAACAGGCUUCUAGAAAAGUGUCUUAUUACUGUUGAUAAUGAUAAAUUGAGGAUGCAUGACGUGCUACAAGAUAUGGGUCGGGAAAUUGUUAGACUACAGUCACCCAAAGAACUUGGUAAACGUAGUAGAUUGUGGUUUCAUGAGGAAGUUCGUCAUGUGUUAGAAGAAAGUACGGGAACAAACAAAGUUGAAGGCAUAGUAAUAGAUUUGCCCGAUGGCGAAGACAUAAUAAACUUGGGUUCUGAUGCGUUUGUAUCAAUGAAAGGACUUAGAGUUUUUAUAAAUCGCAAUGCACGUUUUUCUGAGGGACCUAAUUAUCUCUCUAAUGAGUUAAGAGUACUUGAUUGGCCUGAAUAUCCUAUGCAAUCUUUACCACCCAAUUUCAAUGGAAAGAAACUCAUCGUCUUUCGAAUGCGUGAUAGCUUCAUCAUGGAGUUAGGCCAGAGAUUCAAGAACUUGAGGACUAUGAAUCUCAGCUAUUGUAAUUUCUUAACAAGUAUUCCGGAUCUUUCAAGUGCUUCAAGUUUGGAGGAAUUGAAAGUCGAAUAUUGUGAAAGUCUAGUUGAUGUGCAUGAUUCUAUUGGACUCCUGGGUAAUCUUUCUUUUUUGUCUUUUCAACAAUGCCCUAACCUCUCGAUUUUUCCAAGAAGCCUCAAGUUGAGAUCUUUAUAUAUUCUUAAGCUUGUAGCUUGCCCAAGCUUUCAUAAUUUUCCUGAAAUCGAGGGUAACAUGGAAAAUUUACGUGCAUUACAUAUAGAGGGCACUGCAAUUGAAGAACUACCUUUAUCCAUAGGGAAUCUAGUUGGGCUUUAUUAUGUACUUCUAAUGAGCUACAAAAAACUUAUUCAUCUCCCAACUAGUUUUUAUCAAUUGGAACAUCUACGUGGACUUCACAUCUAUUUUUUUCAAAAUAUUUUAAAUUUUGAAAAGAUGGGUGAUAACAGACAAUCCGUUCUGGCCAUUGACUCUACAACAAUGGAAGAUGAGAUCAUAUUGUCAAGUGAAGAACAACUCCAUAAAUUGCAGCCUCCAGCAAAUUCAAGCAAUGGGAGCACUGCAUUACAAGUGUUGAAUCUUCCAAAUUGUUCCCAAUUAGAAUCAAAUUUAUGUACAUUGUAUUACUUAGAUUUGUCGAAUAGUACAAUUGUUAGCCUUCCCACUAGCAUUAAAGGAUUUGUCAAAUUGGGUCUACUUGACUUGAACCAUUGUAAGAAACUUGAAGAAAUACUAGAACUUCCACCAAAUAUAGAAAUAGUACGUGCUAUUGGAUGCAAGUCAUUGGAAAGAUUUCCAGAAGUAUCAAAAAUACUACAAUUCUAUAGAAGUGACAUCAGAUCGUUAAAAUUGAUUGACUUGUCCGGCUGCGACAAAAUGCACGUGAAUAUAUGGAAUCGUCGUGGGCCCAAUCAUUUAUUACCAAAGGUAUCUCUCUCUCCCUCUCAUGCACACUUGUGGGUGCCUCUGAAUAUUAUAGUUUGCAUGACUGAAAAUUAUUUCACAGGGACAUUAUCAUGAAG